AUGGCCGACGCCGUCGAGGUCGUCAGCCAGCCACCGCCCCAGCGCACCGAGCAGCGCCAGGACGAGGCCAAGCGCCCGCAAAGCUUGGAGGUGCCGCUCGACAGAGUCUACACUCCGAAGUCGCCGGCCAUCGACAUGGCCCCUCGGUCCUUUCAUCGACGCGGGUCCUUCGAGCUCGACGACUACUUCACCGGGCCCCGAGACAUCGCCAAGCACUCGAAAUGGCCCAUCAUCCUGCAGCUUCACGGCAGCAUCAUGCCCAAGCUGAUCCUGCCCCUGGUCCUCAUCUCCGUCUGGGCCUCGGCCAUUGUCAUCAUCUCGGCCAAGGUGCACUAUCUCGGCGCCAACUCGGUCCUCCUCACCCUGACGGGCUUCGUCGUCUCCCUGUCGCUGUCGUUCCGCUCCUCGACCGCCUACGAGCGAUACACCGAGGGCCGGAAAUACUGGGCCGCGCUGGUCCAGUCGUCGCAGAUCCUGGGCCGCGUCUUCUGGAUCCACGCCGUCAACCGGCCCGACCAGACGGACGCGCGGGAGGUGAUUCUCCAGAAGCUCAGCGCCAUGAACCUGCUGGUGGCCUACGCCAUGGCUCUCAAGCAUAGCCUGCGCUUCGAGCCCUACACGGCCUACCCCGACCUGCAGAACCUCAUCGGCCACCUCGACACGUUUGCCAGGGCCGCGACCGACGCCGACUCCUCCGUCGCCUGCGGUGCCGGCGGGGGCCGCAAAAGGGGCUUCUUCCGCGGCGUGGGCGAGUAUCUCGGCGUCUCCUUUGCCGCCAGCAACCCGCGUAAGAUGGUCAAGAGGGCGUCCAAGCCCCUGGGCAACCUGCCUCUCGAGAUCCUGAACCACAUCGCCCUCACCACCGACUUCCUCAUCACCAACGAGCAGCUGCGCGUCCCCAUCCACCAGACCAUGGCCUUCAACGCCAUCCAGGCUCUCAACGACGCCAUGACGGGCUCGGAGCGCGUCCUCUGCACGCCGCUGCCCAUUGCCUACUCGAUUGCCAUUUCCCAGUCGACCUACCUCUACAUCCUGCUGCUGCCCUUCCAGCUGAUCCCGCUGCUCCAGUGGAUCGCCAUCCCGGCCACCAUCGCCGCCUCGUAUAUCAUCCUGGGCGUCCUGAUGAUCGGGCAGGAGAUCGAGAACCCCUUUGGAUCAGACGUCAACGACCUGCCGCUCGACAGCUACUGCGACCAAAUCGCCGCCGACCUCGACAUUAUUGCCGCCUUCGACACGCGCGACCCGCAGAGGUUCCUCAAGAGCAGCAGCUACAUGCCUCUGUACCCCGUCAGCGCCGCCCCGAUCAGCGUCUGGAUGCAGCGCAGCGAGGAGAAGCUGCGCGACGCCAUCAAGCAGAGGCCCGCCAAGACGUUUGAGUGGAGGAGAUGGGGGACCAAGAAGACGGCCGGCAGCAGCAGUGCCUCAGCCAGCGUCGCGGGCGACCACAUGGUUUGA